AUGCACCUCAGCCUGGGUGAACAUCCCAUGCACCUCAGCCUGGGUGAACAUCCCAUGCACCUCUACCACAUCAGCAUCCUCUGCCCGGGGGAACAGUGCGCCCGCCCCGUACGGGUGGGAGUCCGCGGUCCAGAAACCAGUACAGUAGAAGUAGGUGCAGAGCUGGCGGUAAAAGGGGUGGAUGGGGGAGGGAAGAGGGUAAUGGGUGCUCAAGGGGAGGUGCGGUGCAGCCUUGGCGAGGAGUGCACUCAGCAGCCCGCAGAUUCAACAGUGAGUGGGAAUUCAUGGGCCAUGCUGCAAGAGUGGGAAUUCAUGGGCCAUGCUGCAGGAGUGGGAAUUCAUUGGCCAUGCUGCAGGAGUGGGAAUUCAUGGGCCAUGCUGCAGGAGUGGGAAUUCAUGGGCCAUGCUGCAGGAGUGGGAAUUCAUGGGCCAUGCUGCAGGAGUGGGAAUUCAUGGGCCAUGCUGCAGGAGUGGGAAUUCAUGGGCCAGAAACCGGUGCAGGAGAAGCAGGUGCGGAGAUGCGGGUACGACGCGGAACGAGGGUUGGGAGAUGUGGGAAGGGGAGGGGAGAGUAAGAGGGUGAGCACCAGUGCGCCUAAUGAGACGUCUCAAAAUUAA